AUGCAGUUCUCCAAGCUUGAGCAAUCAGGAACUGCUGCUUUUCCUCCUCAAGAGCCUGUGAUUGCCAGAAACAGUCAGCUGCUUCAGUCAUACACUUGGCUACCCCUGGGCGAUGUAAAUGAGGAACCUGAUGCCAAUGACAUUGGGCCACCCUCCUUGAUACCAUACUCUUGCCAGUGCAACACCAACUCAUGUUUGGAUACAUCCAAUAUCUCAAGCUAUGAUUGCAAGUGGGAUCAAAUGAUGGCCGAAAUUGAGGAUGCUGGUGAGGUGGUCAUGGACCUUGACACAAUUGCCACUGAUUUGCGAGCCAAACUGGACACGACCCCAUCCAAUGAGGGGAACAAUGCACAGAACCCAGUCCACACUGACCUACCAACACUCGAAACACCUCAGAGCAAUGCAACAAUGGACAUAUAUGACAAUGUCUCAGUCCUCGAGAUCAAUUGUAUGGGCUUGUCAGACAGCUUGGACCCUCUCAGAUACAUGGCCUUUGCUGUGAAGUGCUCAAGCACUCAAACACCAACAAUCAGCAAUCACCACCUUGAUUGCAUGGCCUUUGCUGUCAUGGUAAUGAAUGGAGUGGCACUUGUUGUGAGUGGUCAGCAAAUGCACAGUGCUGACAGAAUCCUAUUGGAGCCCUUGUCACUCAACAAAGCAAAAAUGCAUGAUGACUGGCACAAGUGGAAGGAGGCAAUGGCUAGCAAAAUGGUGAGCAUGGACAAAAUGAACAUCUUUGAGCUCGCCAACAUCCCAACAGAUGGCAAGCUCAUUGGCAUUUGA